UUUUGCGUCACUUCCGGUUGUGUGGAAUUCUCACAACAUCCUCCGCUUGGGAGCUAACGCUUCAUCUAUUGUCAGAUUUGAUCAGGGCGGAGAUAAUCCCGGACAUGUCAGACACGGAGACCAAACCGUCCAGUCAGGAUGGAGGAGACAAGAAGGAUGGAGAGUAUAUCAAACUAAAAGUGAUUGGUCAGGACAGCAGCGAAAUCCACUUCAAGGUGAAAAUGACGACGCAUCUAAAGAAGCUGAAGGAGUCCUACAGCCAGAGACAGGGCGUUCCCGCGAGCACGUUACGGUUUCUCUUCGAGGGACAGAGAAUCGCAGACAACCAGACUCCCAAAGAGCUGGGGAUGGAGGACGAAGACGUCAUCGAGGUGUACCAAGAACAGACCGGUGGAUUUCAGAACCAUUAAACCUCCUUCUUUUUUUUUUUUUUUUUUCUCGCCUCAAUCUUUUUUUUUUUUCUAUUUUAUUUUGUAUGUUUGUCGUUUUUGUUCAUUUUCAAACCAUCUGGAUCCAAACGGACUCAAACCGAGCUUCCAUGCGCUGGGAGAGAACGAGGUGGGACGGACGAGGACGCUCACCUUUUCACCACGGAACACGGGAUGCCGGGUUUUUUUUUUCUAUUCAUAUCUAGAAGCUUCUGCUGUUUUAUCCAAAACACUUUUACUAUUAAAAGAAAAUGUUUAUUGUAAUAAAAUCAUGAGCCCUAAAGCUAAAAUACUGAA